GGGCGUGCCUCAUCGAUGACUCGCCCUCCCUCGGCCUGGGACACCGUAAUCUCAUUGGGCGGCGGGCCUGAGGCGCCACCGCCUCGCUCUGGGCGCCGCCGACACUUUCAGGGUUUCGGGGGCAGCGGUCACGCCCGUGGUGACGUUGCCGCUCGCGAUUGGCGGCGCGCUCGGAUUCAUCAUAUUGCCCACAAUGGAGGAUUAUAUAAAAGACCCUUCAAUGAAGCUUUUGAGGAAACACCAAUGCUGGUUGCUGUGCUGACCUACGUAGGCUAUGGUGUUCUCACACUUUUUGGGUAUCUACGGGACUUCCUGAGGCAGUGGAAAAUUGAAAAGUGUCACCAUGCAACAGAAAGAGAAGAACAGAAGGACUUUGUUCCUCUGUAUCAGGACUUUGAAAACUUCUACACAAGGAACCUCUAUAUGCGCAUUCGAGACAGCUGGAACCGACCAAUCUGUAGUGUGCCAGGGGCCAAGGUGGACAUGAUGGAGAGAGUUUCCCAUGACUAUAACUGGACAUUCAUGUACACGGGGAGAGUGAUAAAAGACGUUAUUAACAUGGGUUCCUACAACUACCUUGGAUUUGCACAGAACACUGGAAUUUGCCAAGAAGCAGCAGCUAAAGUUCUGUCACGAUAUGGAGCUGGGGUGUGCAGCACUAGGCAGGAGAUGGGAAACCUGGACAAGCAUGAGGACCUGGAAAAAUUAGUGGCCAGGUUCCUAGGGGUGGAAUCUGCGAUGGCAUAUGGGAUGGGGUUUGCGACAAACUCUAUGAACAUUCCUGCUUUGGUUGGCAAGGGCUGCCUGAUAUUGAGUGAUGAACUGAAUCAUGCAUCACUAGUGCUUGGAGCAAGAUUAUCGGGAGCAACUAUUAGAAUCUUCAAACACAACAAUAUGCAAAGCCUGGAGAAGCUGCUCAAAGAUGCCAUUGUGCAUGGACAACCUCGCACACGCAGACCUUGGAAAAAAAUCCUUAUACUUGUGGAAGGAAUAUACAGUAUGGAAGGAUCCAUAGUCCGCCUGCCUGAAGUGAUUGCUCUUAAGAAGAAGUACAAGUCAUAUUUGUAUCUGGAUGAGGCUCACAGUAUAGGUGCUCUGGGUCCCACUGGACGAGGUGUGGUGGAAUACUUUGGACUUAAUCCUGAAGAUGUGGAUAUUAUGAUGGGAACAUUUACCAAGAGCUUUGGAGCUGCUGGAGGUUACAUUGGAGGCAAGAAGGAGCUGAUUGAUUAUCUCCGCACAUAUUCUCAUAGCGCAGUGUAUGCUACAUCAUUGUCACCACCUGUUGUGGAGCAAAUCAUCACCUCCAUGAAGUGUAUUAUGGGUGAAGAUGGCACAAUUUCUGGCAAGGAAUGUGUUCAGCAGCUGGCAGAGAACACCAGGUAUUUCAGGAGGCAGCUGAAGAAGAUGGGCUUCAUUAUCUAUGGAAAUGAAGAUUCUCCUGUUGUACCUUUGAUGUUGUAUAUGCCAGCAAAAAUUGGUGCUUUUGGACGUGAGAUGCUGAAGCGGAAUAUAGGUGUUGUGGUUGUGGGUUUUCCUGCAACCCCAAUCAUUGAAUCCAGAGCCAGAUUCUGCGUGUCUGCAGCUCAUACCAAAGAGAUGCUUGAUACAGCUUUAAAGGAAAUAAAUGAAGUUGGCGACCUCUUGCAACUGAAAUAUUCCCGUCACCGACUGGUGCCUCUCUUGGACCGGCCAUUUGAUGAGACUACUUAUGAAGAAACAGAAGACUGAAUUCCCUCCAUGUGCCUUGGGGGAGGGACCCCCCUGUGCCCCCCCAGGACGCUCUGUGGCCACAAAUGUGCCACAGUCCUUGAACUACACAUUUAUGACUGCUUAGGCUAAAAAGGAUGUUUCCUCACAAUACUGAAGUGGCCACAUCAGCUCUAAAUGGUAUUUUGUAAAUAGUAAAAAAAAAAGAGAGAGAGAGAAAAAAAACCAACAGCUUUGAUUCCUGUCUCUUCAGGGACUGGCCCUAGAGGUGCUUGGCUUCAUUUUUUUUCUUGUUGCUUUUUUUUUUUUAAUUUAUUUGUCACAGUGAAAUCGCAGUGACCCUUGUUGGCAGUUGGUGGCUGGCACAGACUCUUUGUAUACGCCAUGAGCCUCUUGACUGCCAGCUGACAUGUCUCCAGCGUCUGUGGCACAGCGCUGUGGUGGCCACACUUCUGUUUUUGCUGCUAGGCAUCUAACCUUCCCAGUGGGUGAUGGGCCAGUCAGUUUGCUCAGCAGAGACCUCCUAGAGGAACUAUUGAUUGUUAACUUUUAAAAAUGUGUUUAACUGGGCGGAUAAUCAACCAAAGCUUUUUUUUCCUUUUACAUUUACCGAUGUUUAAAACUUGAACUUAGCAUUUCUGGGGUAUGUGUGUGUUUGUUUGUUUUUAAAGUGUUGCUAACAUGUCACUGACAGGACCAUUGUUUCAAUAUGUUGUCUACUUCCAUAAGCCGUAAGCAGAAUGCCUCCCAGGACUUAAGCCCUGUCCCACACUCCUAUUUCUUUGUUUCGAUACCAGCUGUUCUCAGUAGGGAGAAUGGUAGAGGAUCUUCCUUGCAUAGGAUGGGUCUUUCCCAUGUCCAUUUCCAAAACCUGGUUUAUCAUAUCCUUAUGUUCAAGCAAAUUUAGCUCAGAAUGGAGAAAAAAUGAUGGGUAUAAAGGUUACAAUCUCAAAUUCUAAUAAACAAGCCCCUCUCUCAUUCCCCCCUUCAAAUAUCAAAGCUUCCAUUUCCUAUCGGGACUAAAUCCCCUUGAUAAGAGUAUGAUAAAUUGCCUGUAAGAGAUGCUUUUAUUUGGAGUAACUGUCCUGUUCCUCCUUCCUUUGAUGUCUUUGUGCUGCUUCCAUCAUAUCGAUGAGAUCUGUCUAUUGAAGGCUUAGUUCUGACAGACCUUUUAUGCAGAAGAUGUAGAUGCCUGGAUCCUAAAUCAUAGAUCACUUUUCAUCAGGUAAAUGAAACAUUUCUGAUGGUGCCCAUGUGAGUGUGCAGAUCUCUGGAGGGUACAGUAUAUGCAACUGUAUUCAUUCUGAAACUCUUUUUCCAUCCGAAGGCUACAGAAUCACUCAGAUUAGUGCAGCAAAUGAUCUGUGUUUGGCGGCUUUACUCUGAAGAUCUAGACUGCCCUGUUCGUUACCUACCAUAAUGUUUUAGUUACCUGAAUUCAUUGUAGGUUUUACAUUUGGAGUUCUUGUGAUGGACCUGAGGCAUCCUUGAAAAGGCACCAAAAAUAAGUGCACAGCAUAAGAUUAACUCUGGCACAGUGUUCAUAUUUGGUUGCCUGGGACUUGCAGCAUAUUUUCUAAGAUCACUUUUAGCUAAAAUCAUCUUAAAGCACUUAACAGGAUUUAGAAGUACAAAAUACAGAUUGGGAGGGAUUUCACUUUUAAAUGUGGGUGAGUUGUUAUACUUUGUGCAAAGGGCAGUGACCCUUUGAUAUGAGAUUCUUAUUUUUUUUUCUAACCAAAGCAGAACACAACUUGGAUUUCUGGUGCUGCAAAGAGAACACUUUCAGCAUUGACUGUAGCUACUCAACUGUCACUGCUGAUACAAUGCUGUGGAUGAAAGUAGUAUCAGCUUCUGUUUCAUAAGACCCCCAUUUUCAGAUGUUUAUGGAUCUUGGCCCGUUCUGCAUUACUCAGACUCAGAAGCAGGUUCUCAAGAAACCCCAAAACAAUCAUUCCAGCUGAUUUACUUUAAAUGAGAAAAAUGUACAUUUGAAAUUAUGAAGGUUUUCAAAUAUUCAAAGGUAACUAUUUUCUAGUGUAUCUAGUCCACUGGAGAUAGAUUUUUUUUAUUGGCUAGAAGUGAUCAUAUAAACACAACACAUGACCAAAUAGGUCUGUGCUCCACAUCUGUGGUCAUGACAGUUAUGGAAUAAUUCUCUCUCCAGCUGUGGCAUGAACAGCAUGAUCAUGGAAUUACGUGAGUUUAUUUUGCCAUUUUGAUCCCCUUCACCUGCACUCUGCCCAUUAAGCCUUUUCAAGCAGAGCUACUUAUAACAUUCCAGACCCACAAGUAGUCCAGUUGUAUUUGCUAUCCCUGCCUCUUUUUAAGUCGUCUUAUAAGAACUGUUGCUUUUUUUCUUUUUCUUUUGUUUUUUUCUUCCUAAAUGUGGCAGGUGUCUGAAUGAGUCUUCCCUGAUUUCAGCUCCAGACAUGAGAACAUUCAUUCCUGCUCAAGUGACACCUUUAAGGUCCAAAAGCACAGGGUAUGGAUCAGAAGGAAGCUGGGAUUUUAGGUUUCUUCAGCCUACAGUAAAUUUGUACUUUACUGUGUGUGAUCAAGAUAUUGAACCUUUUAAAAUUGAUAUGCUCAAUUGUACAAGGCUUCUUAUAGUCUACAGAUAUUGAUUGAAUCUUUCUUUUUCUGUGUACCUAUUUGGACCCACCCAUGAGAAUUCUAAUAAUUGAUUCAAUCACGUUUUUUACAGCAUUUCUAAAUAAAUUUUCUGCUCUUUAAAAAAAUGAAAUCCUUGCUGGUAUCCAGUGGGGUUCUAUCAGCACAUUCUUGGGGUGACCUGUGGACGUUUUGAAUUUGAGCCUAUAACUUCUUUUAUGCCAUGGCAUGCUGUUGCAUUAAAUACUGUAUGCAUUCCUAAGAUCCUGUUCAAUUCUGGAUUACUGAGAAGCUUCAGAAAUCACACAGGUGGCAGAGGGGGGAUUGCUUAUUCAGCAGCUGCAAAAUUUUCAUCAAAUGUAAAAUUCAUCUUUUUUUUUUUUUUUUUGCUGGCAACAACACCUUACAAGAGAAGUAAAUGAUAGAAGCUGUCUUAGUGAGUUACCACAAAGGGGAAAUGCUGCUUUAGGAGAGCCUUGCCAAUUUUUUGGCCAGGUGUAGUUGAAAAGGAUUUCCAUCCCCCUCCCCCCACUGCCCAUAUAAAAAGAUGUACAAAAUCCACCAGGUGAGGGUUGACCUUAUGCAGAGGGGCUUGUUCUAUACUGAUCACUAAAUUUAGAUGCAUGUAUGAAAUAAUACCUCUAUCUGGAUAAUUAACAGAGGAGGGAAGGAGAAAAAGAAAGUUGCUUUCCUGAGCUUGCCAAAGGCUUUUAAAAUAGCAUAUGGUGCCAGUGCUGAUGUUCCCUUGAGCUUUUACUAAAAUAUAGAUCAAAAUUCCAGGGAAUUUAGUUCUUUCUACAAGACUUAGGCACUUCUAAAAGAUCUCUGCGCACACGUGCCAUUUUAAUACAAUUUUGGUUUCUUUAUCACUAGUAUGUGCAUGCUUCUUCCUCCUUAAGGAGCAUCUUUAGAGGCCUCUUCUAGCCCCCUGUGGAUCUUGAACAUGGUUUGCUCCAGCCAGAGCUCGUGGCUCAGGGCUUGUGGUUUGACAAAAUACCCUGUAGAGGCAAAAGCACUUUCUGCACACUUCCUUGUUGCUUGUGUGGUCAGUUAUCAAGGGAAGGCAGGGCAUAUCUUUUUGCUGGAAGGAAACUACCAUCCUUCUCUUGCCUCUUCUCUGCCUAAAAAGGAGAAAUACUACCCAUACUGCUUUUAUAAUUGCAUCUCCAUCCAGAGAUCAGGCAAGGGGAAAAAAAGUUUCAUUGAGAGUAAUAAUGCAGCCUAGUGUUCAGAUGAGGGAAAAUCUGGCUUCUUGGUACAGCAGGUAACAAUGAGUAAAAAGGGAAGCAUGGAUCUUACCAUCACUCUCAUUUUCUACUCUACAGAAGGCUUUUCCACAGGCAUUGGAGCAAGGCUCUUGAUGGUAGGAGUGCAGCUGUCACUGCUCAAAGGGAUGCUUUAAUAAAACAUUUCCUGCUCCAGACCACCUGCAGUUCCAGCCAAACAAAAGUGCUCCCUUCCCUCUGUCUACCCCCUUCAGGAUAGGUGAGCACAUCUUGUGACGGAAUGGCAUGCUGGGCCUAUACAGUCCAGAUGUUUCAUCUCUGCAUAAAAGACUAAGUUUUGUUUCAUUUUAAGUAUUGGGCUUAGCAGUACAUCACCCAUAAAACCCCUUCUCAGGUGAAGCGGUAGCUGUCUCUGUACUAGAGCUGGAACCACAAAUGGACCACCACGUGAUGAGAAAACCAGUCAGGUGUUUUCUGUUUUACAUUCCCUACCCACACCCCAACUAUCUUAACCUGUGAGGUACCUGGUGGCUUGUACGCCUGCAGGAACCCAGUCUUGCAAGCUCUGUUCCUGUUCAAGGCUUUGUCUGUUGGUCUGGCUUAUGUGAAUAGCAUCUGUAUGAGGGACAUACUACAUCUCAUUUCUCUUUAAAAAAAAAAGAGAUUUGUCCUGAGGUUAGAGCUGUUUUGUUUCAUCUGUGUCCCAGAAAAGGGCUGGGCAGUAGAGGGAUGACUGCACUGUACAGUACACAUUUAUAAAAAGGCCUUAAACUGUGAUUCUUUUUGGUAUGAAGCAUUAAUAUUAAACUGACCUUAAAGAAUACAUGACUUUUAACCUGCAGAUAUUAUCUUAAUUAAGCAAUAUGUAAUGCUGUUUUCUUGGGGGUGGGAAGGUCAGGCUCACUCUGCAGCCAUGGUUGUCAGCAAGGUUUGUUUAGUAAACAGAAGAGGCAUCCAUACACAAGGGCCAAAAGCAGUCACUGCAGUGCUCUGCAUCUGCAAUUCUGCUUGGCAAGGGUGGGCAAUUAGUCCCUGUACUGCUGGAAGAGAGGAAGAAUUAUUAGAAGGCAGAGAAGGUUGACAUGUAGCAUUUGGGAAGCUGUGGCAACUGGUAACUUCAUUUCCUCACUGGGGACAGCCAGGUGUUUCAUUUUGAACAAUGUGGCAGGGGUUGACACGGAUACUGAGAAACUCUGGGUCAAAUUAAAUGCUUGCUUUUCCAUACAAACACUGUUUUGCCACAUCAACUGUUUUGCCAAAUCUCACCCUGUUCAGCCAGUAUUUCUGUAAUCCGUUAGUGGGGGUGUAUUAAGCUAAAUACAUCUCCAGUUGGUUGGUAUCACUGGCUAAGAAAGGUUUGAGAGAGACCUGAAUAACUUCCAUGGACCCUGAGGCUUUAGGCAAAUAGCCCCAAAGCUAAUGGUGGCCCACUUUUUUCCACAGCCCCUGAUCAGAAUUACCACCAUGUCAUAGCUCGUAGUCUUAAAUUGCACUGUGUUCCUAUGCCUCUGUGUUGCUGUAAUGUACAUAUAUAUUGGAUUUUUGUAGAUAAAACAUUUUAAAUGAAAUUUUUAAAUGGGCUCCCCCAAAAUAUUUUAUGCCAGAUAUCUAAUUUUUUUUACACUGAGAAUAACAUGAAUCUAGAUGCCAUGUGGGCAGGGAAGGCGAGGAGAAGCGGAUGGCACAUUGGCUUUACAAAGGGUAACAAUGCAUGUAAAAACACUGGAGAAAAAAACAACUGCUUGGAAUAAAAAUCCAUUCAAGUACAUUCUAUGUUCUGUGUAAUAAAAAAUUCAGAAGAAAAAGCCUUGGUUGUGUGUUCACGCUUUAAAAUGUUGACAAGAUUUAGGCCCUGUUUAAUGAGUCAGAAAGCACAAACUCUUGGGUUUUGUACAGGAAUUUCUAGAUGAAAUUCUAUACCCUGUAUUUUUCAGUGGGUCAGAAUAGAUCAUCAUGCCCUUUGUUGCCUAGAUCUGUAUGCAGCAUUUCAAGUGAGCUGCAUAGUUUCUUUCAGUCAGUCUCCUUGACAUGGGUACAGGUAAGGGUGCCCAAAAAAUGGCCCAUGGAUUCCUGAUGUGCAUAACUGAAGAUGGGUAUAUCUUUGGCAACCAGAAGUUGUGGCAUGUAAUAUUCCAUCUAGAUCCAAAAGCAAGCUCUGCACUUGGCUGCGUAGUUUGACUGCUUCAGAAGUAGACGGGCUAGUGUUCCUCCCAUUAAUCAUGCAACUGGAACCUUUGCUAGUCUAGUCUACCUCUUGUCUGUCUCUUUGAUGGACAAGAGUACAGUGUCCAUCAUGAACAAGAGAUGUACAAGAGUACAGUGAUGCCAGGGAAGCCUCCAAAAAGCCGCCUUGAUCCUUCACAUCCUUGGGACUCUUGAUUGGCAUCAUUGUCAUAGUGUGGGAUAUUCCCCUCAAAAGGUCCAUUUCUGCUCAAUGUUUGUUUGUACAAUGAAAGGGCAGAUGUUUCAGACUUUGAAAACUUUCUGGGGUUGCAUUUUCAAUGCGGAUGCUCAAAUUGGUGGUUGUGUGACUGACUAAAUGAUCUGAGCAAACAGGUGAAGCAAGAUGUGGACCUACUAGCAUGUUGACACUUGGAAAGGGGAUCCUUGAUGAUAAACCCCCAAAUUUCAGUAUUAUCCCCCUUUUCUUAUGGGGGGGUAGGAUUCAAUUAUAUACCUUCUCACAUGUUUGUCACUAAACACAACAGAGCAGUGAUCCACAGUGAAUUCAUAGAUACUUGAGAGCCAGGGCUAGUCUGUGGCAUGAAUAAUCUGCUACAUUUCCAACUCAUUCUAGGAGAUGGGUAGAGAAGGAAGCAAAGAAGUGAGGGAGAGGACUCCCUUGCAGCUGGAGCUGUGAUGGUAUUUUGCAUAUUGGUGUUUCUUGUGGUGCCUCAACCAGGUUCAGGGCUCUGUCACUUAAUACUGACACAGCCCAAUAUAAUUAAUAAUCUAGGCUCCUGUUGGAAAGAAGCUAUUAUAAUGAUGGGAUUGGUAUCAGCAGGCAUCAUGACUCCAGCUGAUGCUCUUUAGAGAAGUAACACACUUCACAUAAUUGGAUCAGAGUGUCUGUAGGCAGAUGAGACUAAUUUAUCUGUUUCUAUCCCAAGAGAGGGUUUAUUAGGGGUGUGGGGAAAUCAAGGCAUGUAAGACUAGAAAGGGGUAGUCAAACAGAAGAACAAAUGAAGAUCAACUGAAUGGAAAGAAAAAUCCAAUCGGAAGCAAAAGAGUUCUGGAAGGAAAGUAGCAUUUGGAGGCAAGAAAACAAGAUGAACAUUUGCAAACCAGUUAUUCUAAGGGAAAUCCAGAUGCAAGGAAGGGCUGUUGAAGCAAAAAGGAAGACAAAGUGGAAAAGACUGGGGAGAGGUCAAACCAGGGUAGAUAAAAAAAAAAUUGGUGAUUUAGGGGGGAAAAAUCAAGAUUUUUUUUUUUUAAAUUAAUGUUGGAUCUGUUUGUAUUUAACUUGCUUUCCUUUUAAGAAAAUAAAGCAUCUGAAAAUUAAAUUUGAAUUUGAUACAGAUAAGCUAAGGUAUAAAUUUAGUAUAAUCUAUUUAAAUGUAUAUAAAAUGUUGAAUUAAUGAGCCUCGACUGAAAACUCUGGAAUUAAAGGCUGAUUUUUUCCUCUACAUAAGAAGGGAAGGGAGGGGGGGGAUGAUGGACAUGACAUCUGACUUGUGAGGUCAAGCUUUAAAAAUGUGUUGCUAUUCCAUGUGUUAGAGGCUUGACCCUGAAAGAAAUGGAGGGUCUGUACUACUGGAUGCAAAGUCAUCACAGAUGUUGGAACCUAAUGCUGAAAACAUAGUAAAGAUGAGAAGAAACUUAGAUUAUGAAGCAAACCUGAAACUUCUAUGGGUGCAAUACUCAUUUGAUGCAACUUUGCUAAAGAUUUAAGUCCAGGAAUAAAGGAAAUUUUUUUUGAAAUUGCACCAUACUUCCAAUAACAACCAGUUUGCUUUAGCUUCAGUGAAGAGAGCUGGGGGACCCCAGCUAAUUCUCCCCCAAGAUGAACAAUGGAAUUCAGUGGUUGACUGCUUUGAGCUAUUGAUAAGAACUGGCCUAUUCUGAUGACCAUUUGUGAAGAAAAUCAUGACAAAAUUGAUGGAAGUAUCAUAGCGAGAGUAGUCAAAUUGGACUAAAAAGGAUUGUAAAAGAUAUGCUGAAUAAACUUAAACUAGAACCUAUUUCCAUAGCCAUGGAAAAUUACAGAAUGGUUGCUGUUUGCAGAUGCUUUUGAAAUUUAAAUAGAAUUCUAAGAAACAUUUAAAGCAAGAAAUACCCAACAGCAAAGUUAAACUGAAGGCAGUAAAGCAGCAGAUGGAUCAAGCACUUAUUUUAGCUCAUUUUCUUGUCAAUAUUCUUAACACACAGUACCAAGAUAGAUGCCUAACUGCCAAAGAGGAAAAUGCUGCUAUGAUGUGGACAUCUAUUAAUCACCCAUCAAUUGUGGCAACCAUAAAUGUCAUGGCCAGAGGUGAAUGAUUUGGGUAGUACAUGUUUACUAAGGAUAUUUUAAAGAAAAUCACACGCUUAACUGGUGAAAGUCAUUGGCAAAGCACACGGAACCAAAGUUUGUUGAAGUGCUAAACCAGCUUUUACCAGCAGUAGCUUCUUCUGCAGGUGCAGACAGACAUUUGAACCUCAUUCAUUCAAAGAUGAGAAAUUGAUUGGGAGUUGAAAAAGCAGAUCUUGUUUUUCUCUUUAGACUAUGAGUAAAAAGGGGGUGGGGAAGAUGAGAUUUGUGAGUUCUAAAAAUUUGAAAGGAAGGUGAGGAAAAAUUCAAAACGGCCUAGGUAAAAAUAAUAAAUUAAAAUGACAGUCUCAUUUUAAAGACAAUUAGGCAAGUAGGAGCUUAAACUCAAAUUACUUUCACCUAGGCAUUUUUAGAAUAUUUUUCUCUGGGUGACUUGAAGCAAUUGAUUUAAUUCACUAACCACUGUUUACUUUUAAUACUGUUUAAUAAAUGAAUUAGUUGUAAAUAUGCACCAUGUUUUGCAGUGCUGGUUUUAUGUGUUUAAUAAAUUCAAGGUGCCAUCUUAAUUCACUAAAAUGGUUAACUUUGCUCAUAAGAAUGAUUGAUAGAUUUCACCAUUUUAUAGCAUACUAAAAGGUAGGAUUUCUAACGAUCCAAAUGUUGUUAUAUCGAAAGUUGUGUGUACCUAAGAAACAUGUACCAAAUCUACUAUAAACGCUGUGUUUAGUUGUUAAUUAACAUGUUUUAAUUGUUGCAUCAACCAGUGAAAUACACCUGUAUUUAAAAAAACAAAAAACUACUACACUGGGGAAAGUUGACAAAAAUCAGUUAUUUAAAUCAGGCUUUGGCUUGCUGAUUUAAAUCAAUCUACCCUGAAUCAAACAAUUGUGCUGUAAUUAAACAGGGGGUGGGAGGAAUGAGUUGGGCACUCCUUGCCCUAAAGGUUUUAUUCUGGCUUAAAUAUCAUUUGUGUCUGAGGGGUGUUGGUUGUAGCCAUGUUGGUUUAAGGACAUAGGUAGACACAAACACCAGCAGACUUUCCCUAUGCCUGAAGAAGGGCAUUUGUGCCCAAAAGCUUGGGAAAUUUGUUCUUUGCAACUAUUUAGUUGAUCUAAUAAAUAUCACAUCUACCCAAAGAACCAAGCACUGCAUGGAUAAAUAGUGAUAAUAUCACAUCUCAGACCUAUGGUUGGAGGUAACAUUGGUUAGUUCUAGUAAUGAUAAAAAAAGACACAUCCCUAUUUUCAUAUCCUUGGAUGACAAGUACAAGGUGGAAAGUGCUUAGUAAUACUUCAUCUCCCAAACUGACUGCUUUAGCAUAUUACAGAGUACCCACCUUGAAAAGCUAAUUGGUAGGUUGGAUUAAACCAGUGUAAGUGCUAAUUUGCCUGGGUGGUGGUUUGCAGGCAAGUGUCUGAGCGGUAUAAACUCAGUAGACAGACAGAGCACCCACCCUGUAAGCAGAAUCUGCAUCCAAAGAGCAGGUUGGCUUUGCCCCAUAUGACUUUUAAAUACAAAUGUGACCCAUAUGUAUGAGAUACUGAGCAUUGCUAGCCCAGCCAGGGCAGUUGUAGGUGCUGUGUGGUCUCUAGAGAAAUGAUCACAGGAAUGGAAGCUGGAAACUCUACUGUAAUCUUAGCCUCUUCCCUGUGGUAUAACCUUUUUUUCUCCUUCUAUUUGUCAAAGUAUAAUAACUUGGCUAGUCUGCCAUGCUUGUUACCACCACCCUGUUCCAGGUGGAAUUGGAAUGGGUCAGCUGGGUGUUACAGGUUCUGGGCUGGUAAUAAAAAAAUGCAACUUCUCCUUUAGCUUGGUGUUUAGGAGGAGGAAUUCUGUUGCUGUUGUCAAUGUGAAAAGCUGCUGUGGAAACAGCAUGCUGUGUACUAAUUGGUAGUGUAAGAGUGAUGCUUUAGCUGUGAUGGUCCAGAAAUUAUGCAUGCAGCAGGUAUUUCUUAGGACUGUGGUAUCUUUUAUUGUACCCACUGUGUAGUUGGAAUCAAGUUAGAGAAGCUUUUGAAUGCAAGACCUUCUUUGUCCGAACCUGACCAGGAGCACUUUGUAUUCAGAAGUGUGUCUAACUUUAUCCGAGCUAUGUAGUUGGCCCAAUAGAAGAUAGCACCCUCCAAAAUCCCUGUCUCUUGUAUAUUAAUGGCUAGACCCUGAGCAACUCCAGAAUUGUUAUACCCCUUACCUACUUCCUAAGGGACAGGAAAAUAAAUGGAUGGUUGUAACAUG